AUGGUUUCCAUCCGCGGAAUCUUGGCCUCGGCCGUCGUUGCCCUCUUCGCCGUGCCAGCUCUCGCGGCCAUCCUGCCAGCAGACGUGCAUCACCUCAUCAACGGGCCCCUGACUAUCAUCGGCGUGGGACCAUUCCCGACCAUUAUCAAGGGGCUCGCUGACAUUGUUACGACAGCAACUACCGCCAUUGCCCAGGUGCAGGGUGAUCUCCCGGUCCCGGCCGGAGCUGACGCCACGGCCAUUGCGGAUGCUUUCAGAGACUUUGUCCGCAUCCACCAGCAGCUGCUCAACAUCUUGAUCGGCAAGGCUGGCUCGUUCCCGACAGUGCCCCUCAUUGGCUCGCCGGUUGCUGCCGCGCUCCGCAGGAUCGAGGGCAUCACCGACGACCACGACUCGCUGUCGUCGUCGAUCCAGACGGCCAUCAUGGCCUACAGCGGCCUUACCGGCCCCAUUGUUAAGCGCGAUCAUGCGCGCAACUUCUCUGCUUGA